AUGGAUAGUAAUAGAGUUGCACCUGAGAUUCCCGGUAUUAGACAGCCCGGGCAAGUCACUAAUGAUAUUAGGAUGUUAGUAUGCAAAUUGCUAAACUCUCCUAAGCCCUCGAAUACUUUUCCGGGGUCCCAACCUGUUUCGUUCCAUCUUGGUGAUAUUGAAGAGAAACUACUUUCGGAGGACUAUUACGUGUGUGAGAAAACAGAUGGUUUACGUGCUCUAAUGUUGAUUAUGGUGAAUCCUGUUACAAAGGAGCAGGGUUGCUUUAUGAUUGAUCGUGAAAACAACUAUUAUAUGGUCAAUGGUUUUAGAUUUCCCUGUUUACCUCGAUCGAACAAAAAAGAACUACUAGAAACGUUGCAAGAUGGGACGUUAAUAGAUGGAGAGCUUGUGGUUCAGAAAAACCCAGUUACGAAGAUGCAAGAGUUAAGAUAUUUAAUGUUCGAUUGUCUCGCUGUAAAUGGGCGAUCAUUAAUACAAUCACCUACUAGUUCGCGUUUGGCGCAUUUGGGUAAAGAGUUCUUUAAACCGUAUUAUGACUUAAGGUCGUUUUAUCCAGAUAGAUGCGCUACGUUUCCAUUUAAGAUCUCAAUGAAACAUAUGAAUUUUAGUUACGAUUUAGUGAAGGUGGCAAACUCUUUAGAUUCUCUUCCACAUGUUUCGGAUGGUCUUAUCUUUACACCAGUUCAAAGGGCAUAUCACAUUGGAGGUAAGGACAGUUACCUUUUAAAAUGGAAACCAGAAGUUGAAAAUACCGUAGAUUUCAAACUAAUCCUUGAACCACCUCUAGUUGAAGACAAAACUUUGCGAAAAGAGGACAAAAACAGAUUUUAUUACAACUUUGAUGUUAAGCCAUUCUUUUACUUGUAUGUUUGGCAAGGUGGUAAUGACAUAAACAACAGGCUACAUGACUACGAUCAACCAUUUUCCAAAAAAGAAUUGGAACUAUUAGGAAGAACUUACAAAAAGUUUGCAGAGAUCGAAAUUGAUGACAAGCAAUGGAACGAGCUAAAAGCGAUUCAAGAACCAUUGAACGGAAGAAUUGUUGAAUGUUCUAAAGAUCAGGAAUCUGGGGCAUGGAAGCUGCUUAGAUUUAGAGAUGAUAAAUUGAAUGGUAAUCAUGUUUCUGUUGUACAGAAGGUUUUGGAGAGUAUUAGUGAUUCUGUCUCUUUAGAAGACCUAGAGGAAGUAGCUGCUGAAAUGAAGAUCAGAUGGAAGCAACGUGAGGAAGAAAGAAAAAGAGCCCAACACAACCAACAAACAAUGUCUAGAUCAUCAAAUCAUCACUCUUCGUUCUCAGAUAGGUCUACUAGUCAUCGCCCGUCACUCUCAGAAAGACCAUCAGAUCAGCCAAAAUAUGUUGAUGAUGAUGACGAAGACUGGUCUGAUGAAGAACCAGAAAGCAAAAAACAAAAAAUUUAA